CCUUUUAGAAAAGGACCAGCCUUUAAUGCUCCAUAAUAUACAUGAGCAUUGGUGGAUUCAAGAAUAUACACCAGUAUCAAGAGUUGAAGAAAAUGCUGUUCGUGAUGAAGAUGCUCUGCAGCCUCUUUUGCAGAAUCUACAGAAUAGAUAUCAGAAAUGGCCAAAGUUCCAACAAACAGCAGCACGGGCAACAUUAGACAAUAUGAUCAAUGCCCUGACAAUGGUUUUGCAAAAUCCAAAAGAAGUUUCUACAAGAGGACGCCCUACUAUUGCUUCUCAACAUAAUUCAGCAAACUCAACCAGAAGAGAUCCUUCUGGGUUUGAGUUAGUGGAGUAUAAAGGACGACACUGUACUCUGUGUCGACAGCCUGGGCACAAUUCAUGCACUUGCCCAAGUGAAAG